UGUUAAUGCAGUGAUAUAGGCACCAAAACUGUGCAGUAUACCUAGGCCUCAUUUUAUUUCUAGAUAACUCAGUGCGCAACAUGUAGAGAUGGGUAUCUUCAAAGCUACAACGAGAAGUUUGUAAUUUUCCCUUUAGUGUGUGGGAGUUGGGCUUUGUUUGGAUGAAGAUUUGCUUCAUUUAUAUCAACCCAGCAAGGACAAAAUCAACAGCAUGUUAAAUCAAUAUGGCACGUAUUUUAUAUCACUUUUAUGUAUGUGUGUUUAUUUUGUGGAGGACAACAAUUGAAUGAUCAACAGACUCGGCCACACCUCCUCACUAAGUUCAAAGUUUCCGUCCUCGUAUUUGCUCGCUGAGUGGUUUUCAACCACUCAAUUUUACUCUCCUAGCUACAUUUGAUUAGAGAUAAUCUAGGAGCUCUCUAAGAUAUUCGAGAUCCAGUAUCGUGCACCUUUAUAGAUGUUUGCUGCUAUAUUCUGGAGUUGAUUGUUUCAUUUUGGUUUUAACAUUGUUAUUGUUCCGUUUUCUGCAGUUGUUUGGCUUGGAAGUCUGGGAUUCAGGCAGGAACAGACUCCAGACGCACAGUGGCUGACAGCGUGAAAAGCUUUGAAAGCACAUAAUUCGCACGUUGCAAUAACAGAAUUAGGCAGCCAAGUGCUCCCAGGAGGAGUCGCUAAAGGCUUAAGGAGAUGAAGGUCAUCUCCCAGUCAGACUUGUUCAGCUUUGCUCGCAGCGGAAACCUUAAGCCUUGUGCUGCAUGAUUGCAGAUGAAGACAAUCAGCAGUUGUUUCUGAGUCCUUGACAGCUACACUACAGUGAUUAUUUCCUCUGUAGAUGUGCUCUGUCCUUUUGAACACACAAUCUCACUUGUUUUCAAUGACUUUCAGGAGAAGAUUUCGUGUAAUUAGUCAGGUCCUUGUUCAGACUUUGGCCCGAAAAUGCUUUUUGACCCAGCCAGGGAUCCCGGUCUGGGAGGGAAGUUGGGGGCGUGCCAGGACAUUCCGCAGGUCACUUUCUGUACAGCCAGCCCACUUCGCUCUUAUUUAGUCAUUACCUUUCAGGAAGAAAUGUACAGCUGGCUAGGAGGAAGUAGAAUUACUCAGCAGCUGCUUUUGCAUUCAGUUCUUCAGGCGGCCUGAGAAGCGAGUCUAUCUUUAAGUGGCCAUUACUGAGUCACUUCUCAGAGGGACACAGUUUAAAAUUUAUUUUAAAAUGGACUGCUGUUUAGCAAUGCAGGAAGCAGCCGAAUACAACUUGAAAAUGCACCCUAUGUGGCAGGGGCCGCUCGCAGUUCCAGGAGGUGACCGCCAGUCUCCGAUUGAUAUUGUCGUCCGCAGGACCCUCUUUGAUUCCCAACUGAAACCUUUGAUCGCUGACUAUGACCCAACCACAUGCCAGCAAAUCUGGAAUAAUGGUUACUCCUUCCUGGUUGAAUAUGAUGACACAACGGACAAGUCAACAUUGGAAGGAGGCCCUUUGCAAGACAAAUUUAGGCUGUGCCAGUUCCAUUUCCACUGGGGUGAGAGCAACGCCUGGGGGUCAGAGCACACCGUGGACAGGAGGUUAUUUCCUGCAGAGCUCCACUUGGUCCACUGGAACUCGGAUAAGUACAGUCUGUUUGAGGAGGCAGUGAUGGAGGACAAUGGCCUGGGUGUUAUUGGAGUUUUUCUUAAGGUGGGGAAGAGACACGAUGGCCUGCAAAAACUGGUAGACGCUCUCCCUGCAAUCAGACACAAGGGCAGUGUGGUAGAGUUUACGAAAUUUGACGCUGGCUGCCUGUUGCCGAACAACACUGAGGAUUACUGGACGUACCACGGCUCUCUUACAACACCACCUCUGACAGAGUCUGUCACCUGGAUCAUCAUGAAGCAGCCCAUCGAAGUUAGUCAUGAUCAGCUGGCUGUCUUCCGGAGUCUUCUGUUCACCUCGGCCGAGGAGGAGGUCCAGAAGAGCAUGGUGAACAACUUCCGUGUGCAGCAGCCUCUGCGAGGUCGCACCGUGCGCUCGUCCUUCAGUCCCUUCUUAAAGGAGUCGCCGUGUGAGCAAGAUGACCAGCACACCCACUGAUGCCACCAAGUGCAGAAUUUGCAUCCUGUUACAGUCUGUGCGCCGAAACAAACAUAUUUUCUCAAAGAAAUAUAUUUAAAAGUACAAUUUUCUCUUUCAGGUUUUUUUUUUUUUUUUUUUUUUGACAUUUGCAAACAGUAACUAGGAGGGUGUGAGGAAAGUUUUGUUUUAGGGUGAUUUUAAAAAUGUCAUUUACAUUUUGGCUAUUGGUUUUACAAACUAAUAACUGGUCAGUUAAUAAUGGAAUUGUGUAAUUUAACAGAUUUGUAUUCAUGGAAAUUGUAUUUAUUUUAAACUGACACUAUUGUUUUUAUAUUGAAGAGUUUUUAUCACUCAGCGGCUGUGGGUGAACAAUGUCGCUGCUGGUGGAGUCUCAAGAGCAUCAUGUGCUGGCCACAGUCGGUAUAAUAGUAAAAACCACCUUUUUGAACAACACUUACAUACAGUACACUGAUAUACAUUACAUCAGUAUUUAUAGUGAGUCUUUUUAUUUUAUACUGUCUGUGACAAGCAUACCACACACAAACUAAAGUUCUAAAGCAACAUUUAUUAGCACUUAAUCAAAAUGCUCUGAUGCAUUCACACAUGCCAGGUGUUGAUGUGGACAUUUUUUAUCCUGAAAAGAUUUACCUGUAUAGUGCCUUGGAUUCUGUUAAACGGAGUUCCCCACUUUAGCACCUGAGAGGAACUCAAAUUGCCCAUCUCAUUGUGGGGUGAUGGAAAAGAAGGGAUCGCCUCAGUGGUUUAAAAUGACCUUUAGUUGUUCACAAGCUUUUGUGUUCACCUCUGCUGCCACCUUCAUUGUCUUAGUUUACAGCACUCAAGCCCUGCUCAAGUGUUGUUCAAAAGAAAAAUAUACUCUGUUUCCUUGAGUAGUUAUUUUAUUGUUCUUUGGUGUCUUUUCACAAUUUGCCUAAAGCUGGACCAGUCAUUUGAAAGAAAUCAACCUACUUUCAUUCAUAUCCAACAGUUGUGCCUGGAGGGGUCAAUCUUACGAUGCAACAUUUUGGAAAAGGGGGACCGCUUUUGAGAUGGAAAGUAUACACAAACAUAGGAAAGCAGAUUAUAAAAUGCAGGGGAAGAAGAUUGACAGUGUAGAAAACUGUUCCUUUGGUGCUCUUCAUAGAAAAAAAAUAUCCACUUGAAGAGUGUAUCUGACUAUGAUCAUAAGUGUUGGUCACUAUUCAUAGUCUCUUGGGAGGAAGAAAGGCUGAGAGUUCACGGUUGCCAAUCUAAUCCCAACGCAACAAUUUCCGAACAGACCCUCCCCCCUCCCCCAACACACACACAUACACACAGACCCUCAACGCCUCGAAGUAGCCUUUUCUCCCAUGAGCACAGAUACUGACGCUGAUCCAUCUCCCCAGUAGGUCCUUGUUGGGGCCCAAAUGGACUGGAUUUGUAGUGAAAAGACAUAAUAGGCACUUGCAAGUGAUUGAAAUAGGUUGUGAAGGAUACAUACCCAACCUACUCUAGAUGAACAGGUCAUGGGUGAAGGUGGUCUGUUUUCAUUCAUUCAUUCAUCUUCCAUUCCGCUUAUCCUCACGAGGGUCGCGGGGGGCGUGCUGGAGCCUAUCCCAGCUAUCUUCGGGCGAGAGGCCGGCCGGGUACAGCCUGAGCUGGUCGCCAGCCAAUCGCAGUGCUGGACAUAUAUUUAUGGAAUUUCUCAAUACGUGUAUCAAACCAUUUGGUGGCUAUUUUAUUGUUUGUGGUUUUACAUCGAAUGCAAUACGACACUGCCUUCCUCAUCUUAUGUUUCACAGAUGCAUUUAUUGGGCUGCAUGUUAUCUGCCUUCAUGUAUCUUGGCAUUUUAUUAUGUGAACCUUAAUUUGAUGCCUAUCUGAAUGCUAGUAAUAUAAACAUGAUCAGUACAAUUUCAGUUCCAUCUAAAUGGGGGUUUAAAGGGCUUCCUUUGUUACUAUUUACAUUUAUUCAAUUUAUUCAUUUCAAUGUAUGUAUUUUUGUCUCUGAGGGCCUUCAGCAUAUCAGCAUCUCUGCUUGUGUCUUUGUGAGACUUAAAAAAAAAAAACAAAAAAAAACCAAACAAACAAACAUUGCUGUAUUGACAAAUCUGAUGUUUUCAAGAUAAAAUGCUGCAUUUUUUUUUUAAACAAAUCAAUUGCUUUCAUUAUGAUAUAAUUAUUGUUUUCAUGAUGCCUUUUGUCAUCUGCAGCUUUUGCAAAGUGUUGUGUUUUUCAGUCUGAGGAUCAUGGGGAUGUCCAUAAUGAUGUAUGUUGCACACUUUGUAAAUGCUCCUAUGCUAUAUUGCUCCUCGAUACCCUUGCUUUCAAGGGAAUAUACCCAAAACUAAUUGUUGAUUGUCCAGAUGGAGAAUGAUGGAAAACUUACAUUAAUUCAUAUCAUAACAAUACACUGAUGCUUAAUGUAAGAAUAACUGUGUAUGUGAUUUAUUUAUUUUUUACUUAUUUAAGUAUAUAGAGUGACCAAUGUUGAAACUUAUGGACAAAUGUUUUAGUGCCGAUCUUAAAGACGGAAAAAAAGAAUAGUCUGAAAUAACUUGAAACUGAUAAAACUAAUACAUGUACAUAUACUGAAUAUUCGUUGAUAUUUUUUAGACCUACUGAAUUAAAUGUUAUUUUAGGUCCUCUCCAGA